AGCUACGCUCUCUCGCCUCGACCACUACCACUACCUCCACCACCUCCACCACUCCACUCGGCUAGCCUGUUGUUAGGUGAACACGAUGAAGCUCGCCAAGUGGUCGCUCCUUGCAACUUUGUCCAUCGCUUGCACGCUCGUAGCGGCCGACCCUUACCCGCUACCCAGCAAAGACGACUUCUAUCAGGUGCCCGGAAACGUCAAUCAAUAUAAGAAUGGCGACAUUAUCGCGGCUCGCGAGGUCACCCGCGACAUGAAUCGUUACAUUUCACGGCUGCUCCUCACUUCCAGCUAUCAGGUCCUGUACCGUACAACAGAUGCUACGGGCAAGCCAGAUGCAACCGUGGCUACUUUGUUCCGCCCCAGAAGAGCUUUGGAUGGUCCGCCGAAGAUCGUCGCCCAUAGCUUGUACGCCGAAGCGCCCGCCAGGGACUGUGCUGUCUCGUUUGGCCUUAUCGAAGGGAAUCGCAAGGAGCCGCGCAACUCCGGACAGGAACAGCCUGGCAUCUUCAUCAGCCAGCUAUUGCAAAAAGGAUAUUACGUCGUCACCUCAGACUAUAGCGGCUCCCAGGGAGCUGUUGGCGUCGGUCCUCAGGGAGGCCGCGCAAUUCUGGAUUCCAUCACCGCAAUGGCCAGUCAUAAGCCCACCGUUGAAGGCGCGUCGGACUACAAAGCCAUCAUGACUGGCCAGGCCGCUGGCGGUCUGGUGACCGCCUGGGCAGCUCAGCUGCACAAGGAGUAUGCACCGAACGUCAAGCUCGUUGGAGCCAGCUUUGGCAGUGUGCCCAUCAGUCACGAACUGGAAGCGCGCAGACUGAACGGCACAGAGGGUGCCGGCAUCAUCGUCGCGGGUCUAGUUGGUGUUGCGAAUGCAUAUCCAAGCGUCUUGCGAUUCUACCAGCAAGAUUUGAAACCAGAAGGCUUGCAAGCUUUCGACACUGUCAAGACCGAUGGCGGCUGCCUGCAGAGUAUCCUCGAAACGUACAAAAAUGUUUCCAUCUUCAGUUAUUUCAAAUCCGGCGAAAGGUUCCUAGACAAGCCUAUGAUCAAGCAAGCAAAUCUGGCAAUGUACCUGGGCGCAAGAGGACGCCGCGAUAAUCUUGGCAGCCGCAUCCCAUACUACAUUUUUCACGGCGCGAAGGAUGUGGUGGUGCCCAUCAAGCCAAUGAAAGAUUACGUCAAGAAGCAGUGCGCAGCAGGAGCACGAAUCGAAUUUUCUGUCAAUCCUGAUGGAGAUCACGAGUCCGAGCUCACUGCAAGCCUUCCAGGCCAAAUGGACUUCAUUGAAAAGACUUUUGGAGGUCAGAAUAAUCAGACAGGUUGUACUGACACCACUCACGGAGACGACAAUCAAGGCUCCCUGGGCGGUCUUGGAUCUGCAGGAGGUGGUGGACUUCUUGGUGGCGGUGGCCUCGGCGGGAGCCGUGGUGGAGGCGGAAUGGGGGGAGGGCCUUCUGGUGGUGGAAGCGGGCUGGGAGGUGGCGGUGGCCUCGGCGGGAGCCGUGGAGGCGGAAUGGGUGGCGGUCUUCCUGGAAGCGGUGGCCUCGGAGGAGGCGGUAUGGGAGCAGGUCCUCCUAGCGGCGGUGGCCUUGGCGGAGGGGGAAUGGCCGGAGGGUCUCCUGCCGGCGGUGGCCUUGGUGGGGGCGGAAGGGGAGGAGAUUCUGGGAGACUGCGGAAGAGGUCGACGAAACAUCGGGCUCGCACGGCGAUUUGAGACUCAACUCCCCACUCCCCCAUUGCUUUCACACUGAGACCCACUUCUCGGACCUCAGAAUGUGUUUCCCUUCAAUUGAGACAAGCGUGUGC